CAAACAGCGCCCAGCUGCCGCCCAACCCCCCGCCGACGCCUCAACUGAAGCCUGCCCCUGCUCCCCUGCUCGCUCUCUUCCAAAUACUUUCUUUUUCUUCGGAACUUCUCCUUUGCCUUUUUUUUUUGGCUGCUCAGCUUCUCUGCGCUUCACACCAUCUUCGCUGUCUUAAUAAUUACCGUCUCAAGGGUCUCUUUGUGGCUCUCUCUCAGCGUCCGUCCAUCCAUCCCCUCCGCCAUGCCCGCAUCAACGUCAUCCCGGCUGCCCCUCCGCCUCGCCCUCGCCCGCCGCUUUAGUCCUCGCCCAGCCUCCUCCUCCUCCUGCUGGCCUUAUUUAAGCCGCCCUGCCCUCCUCUCGUCCGCCUCCUCGCCCUCAUCCACAUCUGCACGACCACCGCUACAGACAACCACAGCUCCAGCUCCAGCUUCUACAAGACUCUUCUCCUCCUCCAGCUCAAGACUCUUCUCUCCCACAGCUGCAAACAUGGUCGUCCAAGAGAUCAAGAAGCUCAGCGAGGAGCACUGCGAGGAUGUUGAUUUCUACAAGGUCGAUGUCGAUGAGUGCUCUGACAUUGCUGCCGAGCUAGGCGUCAGAGCCAUGCCUACCUUCUUCUUCUUCAAGGGCGGCGAGAAGCUCCAGUCUGUUGCCGGUGCUGCUGAGGGACCCAUUGUCGCUGCCCUCACCCAGUUCAAGUAAAUAGAUACUACACCAUUCCUGCCUACGUUGCAAGGUACAUAUACGCAUAUGAAAGUUGACAGUACUUGGAUGCAUGGAUGGAUAUUAUGACGAUUGUAUUUUAAAGUGGACAUCAAAGCAUAAAGAGAACUAAGAGCCGACUCAUUUCUCUG